CAACCAGGUCCGAUAAGAGCCUAUAAUAACACAGCGAAUUCUUAGUUCACCAGCUUCCUACUGAAAGCUUGUAAGAAUUUAACUAUGUCUGGUCGCGGCAAGGGAGGAAAAGGCCUGGGCAAAGGUGGCGCUAAGCGCCAUCGCAAAGUGCUGCGCGACAACAUCCAGGGCAUCACCAAGCCCGCCAUCCGCCGCCUGGCCCGGCGCGGGGGAGUGAAGCGCAUCUCCGGCCUCAUCUACGAGGAGACCCGCGGUGUGCUGAAGGUGUUCCUGGAGAACGUGAUCCGCGACGCCGUCACCUACACGGAGCACGCCAAGCGCAAGACCGUCACCGCCAUGGACGUGGUCUACGCGCUCAAGCGCCAGGGCCGCACCCUCUACGGAUUCGGGGGUUAAGGGACUAAAGCGAUUUUCUUAACUGUUACAAAAGGUCCUUUUCAGGACCACUCA